ACUCGUCUCGGGAUGGAUUUAAUCUCGGAAUAGCUCCUGUUAUAUUAAUAUUAUUAAUUAUGGAUACAAACAACUCAGUUUACACAAGUUUUACAGGGAGUUUUGUCGUCUGGGUGUUCUUAAAGGACAUAUUUUUGUUGUGAUGAUCCUGCAUCGGGGACUCUGAGGCCUUCCGUCUUAAAUAUCUCUCGGUGAUUUCCACAACAGGCCAUUUGAAUGAAGUUAUUGUUAUUAGACUGGCCAUAAACUGACGUCCAGCCCCGUUAGGCUAACGCCGGGCCUGUUGAAUCGCAGGACUUCAUUACCCAUAAUCCCACGGGCCCAAACAGUAGCGCAGUUCUUCCUGGCGCAUGCGCACUGCGCGUAAUUGGAUAUCAAGUUGGCCAAAACAGCGGGUGAUAAAAUGCAUAAGUUGAAGUCAUCGCAGAAGGACAAGGUUCGGCAGUUUAUGUCCUUCACUCAGGCCGGGGAGAGGACCGCCGUGUACUGCCUGACGCAGAAUGACUGGAAAUUAGAAGUUGCUACAGACAACUACUUCCAGAACCCAGAUCUCUAUUACAAAGAAUCCAUGAAGACCUCUGUGGACCGCAAGAAGCUGGAGCAGCUCUACAACAGAUACAAAGACCCCCAGGAUGAGAAUAAGAUAGGCAUCGAUGGGAUCCAACAGUUUUGCGAUGACCUGACUCUGGACCCAGCAAGUAUGAGUAUUCUUGUGGUGGCGUGGAAGUUCAGAGCAGCCACACAGUGCGAGUUCAGCCGGAAAGAGUUCUUGGACGGCAUGGCUGAACUAGGCUGUGACAGCCCUGAAAAACUCAAAGCCAUGCUUCCAAGAUUAGAACAGGAGCUAAAAGACACAGGAAAGUUUAAAGACUUCUACCAGUUUACCUUCAAUUUUGCGAAGAACCCUGGGCAGAAAGGGUUAGAUCUAGAGAUGGCUGUGGCCUACUGGAAUCUAGUUCUCACAGGUCGCUUCAAGUUCCUGGAUUUGUGGAACCGCUUCCUGCUGGAGCAUCACAAGCGCUCGAUUCCCAAGGACACUUGGAACCUCCUCCUGGACUUCGGAAACAUGAUCGCAGACGACAUGUCAAACUACGACGAAGAAGGAGCCUGGCCUGUCCUCAUCGAUGACUUUGUGGAGUUCGCUCGGCCGAUAGUGACGGGGAGUAAACGCAGCAUCACAUAAUGUUUGUCCCGUUCUAUCGAAGUGGACUGGAGUUUGUGUUUUUUCCGAUUUUUCUUUUUCUGAAUGAGGUUUUGAUAAAAAUGAGCCAAAAAAGAGACAAAAUUCUCACUAAGCCCGUCUGCAGCUUGUCAUUACGAUUGUUCUUCCAACUGCAAAAAAAAGAUGGGGAUCGACCUGGAAAACCGGUUCAGAAAGGAAAGCAGGAAGGAAAUCAGCAAGACGGGAAAACACUUUCUGGUGUUGUUCGUGUCGACUGCUGGCAUGGACAGACUUUGGAAUUGCAAUAUGGAAAUGAUGGGUACGCUAAAACUCGACCCUCAGAUUACCAGUGGCUGUAGCUUUGAACUGUGGACUCGCGAACAAGCACUCGGGGCACAGUGAAAUCAAGAGUGAGCAUCGAACACGCGCAGAGGAUUAAGUUCUAGAUGCUGUAGGAUGUGGUCACUCACAGUGUGUUUAAAAGCUGCAUGUUUCCUCUGCUGGUGUGAAACAUGGCCACAGAUGGUAAAAAGCGGUGUGCGUUGUUUUCACAGAAAUUGCGAAUGUGUUGCUCUCUAACAAUCACAUCAGAGAGAGGGAGCGCAAAGAAACUGCUUUGCUUGUUGUGUGUUUACGUGAGUAUGCGCGUGUGUUUGUGUGGCGGAGGUUCAUCACUCCGCCUCCUCUGCGACGUGAUGCAAGGUGUCGUCAUUUGUUUUCGUUUUUUUUUUUUUUUCAAAUGUUAAGAAAAGGUGGGACGCUCCGAUUCGCCUUCACUGAGUGACAACGGACAAGAUGCGAAUCAAAGUUUUGUAUUCGGGCGGAGUGUCGGACAGAGCAGCAUGCUUUUUGAGCUCAGCACCAGCAGAAUCACGUUAGAUACCGUUCUUAUAGAAGUAAGAAAAUGACAUUUUGAUAACAUUAAAGUGAACAAAUGAUACGGAUGUAAUCAUGAUUGGAAGGUGAAAGGCACCUGAAAUGCUACAAGCAUUUCUUUUCAUUUUAUUUGUGGUGUGAACACGAACAGAAAGUGACUGGCAUGUUACCUGUUUUAUUUUAUUUUCAUUUUAUUUUGUCUUCCGUGGUCCAGGUGAUGAUGUCUUGUCGCCAUUGCAAGCUGCACUGAGUUACACUCUUUCUGUUUUAGGAUUUUUUUUUUGUAUUAUUUUAUCAGUCAGAACUGUAUACAACAACAGAGCCAAUAUGUAUACCUGACAGUCUUUUUUUCACAUAAUAGACCUUUUCAAAUUGUCAUCUACAUCACAGCCAAGAGUGUUUUAUCUGUUUUUGUUGUCUGAUUGCUUUUCGCGAGUGUCUGCAGAGCAGUGACGGAUCUUCUGCAGAGUCAAACAUGUGGUGCCAUCUAGGGGUAGCUGUGGAUUAUAGCAUUUCUCAGUGUACUCGAAGCCCUCUGAGGCCAGUGCAGCAGGGCUUCUCACCAGGUUUAGUCUUUAGAUAUGAUCAUAAACACUGAACAACCCUGUGUCUGCUGAAUGCAGUGUGGCAGACAGACUGAAGAGCUCAGGUACCAGUCAUCCUCUCCAGGUCUCAGCGCACAGCGUCGAGCUUCUCGUACGAACAACAGAGUCCACCUAUGUGUUGAUCUUGUUUCAUUAGUAGUUUGUUGACAUGAUGGAGGUGGGGGAUAAGCCAGUUACUGUCCUGUCAACAGCUACCAACAACUGCUUUUCAUUAGGUUGAAGAAGGUUUGAAGGUUCUCAAGUUGUUGUAAACAUGUCAUUCAUGGAAUUGUGAUUGGUGUGUGCAUGAAUGUAAAUUUAAAUAAGAUUGGGGAUUGGAAUUUUAUCCCAGAUGCAGAGGAAAAGAAGGACAAGUAUGUUCUCCAGGUAUUUGUAGCUCAGCUGUAACCUUUUUUUUUCAUCAUCUGAUGUGAGAAAAAAAUAUCUUCAGGCAAGAUAGUGAGGUGUGAGAAAGCUAUUCUCAGUUCACUGCAGUCCAACAUACUUGGUGGUUCAGGAGCAAGAAAACAUCCUUCAGUAUUCAAAUAUGUUGCAUUUGGUACGUUUCUUGUUGUCAAAUGUGUGAACAGCUGUUUCAUUCUUAUUCAAAGUGUUAUUUUUUUUGCCAGCAGGGUAACCAGUAUUCACACAAAUGUUUCGUCACAUGAGCAUACCGUACAUCGUUUUCUUGAAAAAUGUCAAUAAAGCAUGUUGUUUUU